GGAUGAGGGGAAUGGUUUUAGGGGAACAACACCGAUUCCGCUCGGGGUUUGAUAUAGCAGAUUGAUUGAUUGAUUCUCUCUGCUUGCUAGUUGCAUGUACUGCGGGUUAGGAACUCGGACCCAGAGAAUCACUGGAGGCUGUGGUUCAGAAAAGGGACCGUAGAAGCGGCUCCCGCGUAGUUUUUAAUCCAAGUUGAGUGCCGGAGUGCUUGGAUUCUGUGUGACUGGUCCCGACGCGGGUGGGAAAGCUCGUAUCCUUUUGGAUAGUCAAGCGGAUUGUUGUCCUCUGGAGAUAGAGAGGUGUGUUGGUUUGUGUGUUCGAUGCAGGUGGCGAGGGGAUUAUGGUCGCCGACAAGGAGGACUUCGCCGCAUUGCGCAGUUACAUCCUCAGUGCAACCGAAUUUCGGUGCCUUGAUCGGUGCUUCUCCAGGGAUUGUCGUCGCAUCUGGAGAAGGAUCAUCAUCAACUUGAAACCAUCCCCCACGGCUGGCAUUCUAACAGUGGAGCAACUCUCAGCAAACCAUGUCCGUUAGUGUCCAUCCUACCAUGGCUAUCCCUCAAAACGGGUUAGCAUCUCCACCGACCAGAGUUGGCAUUGAUAACGAUAAGCUUGCGCAGCAUAUGAUUCCUCUGACUGCUUUACUAAGCACUGAGCAGCUUCAGCUCGACGCAGAAGAGGAGUCCCCACUGUUGUCCCAUGGUCACGAUAUGUUAUACAAGAAAGAAGAAGACUUUGUUCUUGCAAAAACAGACUGUGAGAGAGUCCCUGGAAACCCUUCGAGUACAUAUGCAGCUUUUGCGAUCUUUGAUGGUCAUAAUGGAGCAGCAGCAGCCCAGUAUACAAAGGAAAAUCUUUUGAAGGAUAUCAUGAGUUGCAUGCCACCGAAUCUCACGAGAGAGGAGUGGUUAACGUUACUACCGCAGGCUAUGGUCGCUGGAUUUGUGAAGACAGACAAGGAGUGGCGGAAAUUAGGGCAAACAUCAGGUACAACUGCGACGUUGGUAAUUGUGGAUGGAUGGACCGUUACUGCAGCAUGUGUUGGGGAUUCUCGCUGUAUAUUAGAUGCACAAGGAAUAGCGACGCCAUUAACGAUUGAUCACAGGCUUGACGGUAACGAAGAAGAGCAAGAGCGCAUCAAAGCGUCCGGAGGAGAGGUGUCCAGGUUAAAGGUUGCAGGAGGAAUUGAGAUUGGCCCACUUAGAGCCUGGCCGGGCGGUAUAUGUCUCUCUCGGUCGAUUGGAGAUAUGGAUGUAGGCGAUUACAUUGUAGCUGUGCCUCACGUGAAGCAAAUCAAGCUCUCACCUGCCGGAGGCAGGCUCAUUAUUGCUUCGGAUGGAGUUUGGGAUGCCGUCAGCACUCGAAGAGCGGCAAGAUGCUGUCGGGGUGUACAAAAUCCAGAAACUGCUGCCAGAUACGUAUUAAAGGAAGCUAUAAGGAGUCGUGGAUUAAGAGAUGAUACGACAUGUUUAGUGGUGGACAUUGCUCCACCUGGUUCUCAACCCUUUGCACCAGCACUCAAGAAGCCGUUGAGCUUCCUGAAACUGUUGCGUUGCACAUCGGUGAAGGAAGGACUUAUCGCCAGUGAUCUAUCCAUCAUGGAGGAACUAUUUGAGGAAAAUUCAGCAGCAUUGGCUGAAAGGUUGGGACCAGAGAUCUCAGUGCAUGCUGGAAACAGUCUACUCCUCUGUGCAACUUGUCGUUGCAACCUAUAUGCGGAUGCAGGAAUUUCUGUGCACGCUGGUUCGUUCUUUUCGCAAGUCGCCGGAAAGACUUGGGAAGGUCCAUUUUUGUGUGCUAAAUGCAGGUCUCAACAGGCCAAUGCAGUACAAAGUGAGAAACAGAAGCAACGAUAACAGAAAAAAUUAGAUUAAAUAUAAAAAGUUUGUGUAUUCUAUAUCAUCAGGCCAUCAAUAUAACCAAACAUCUGGGGGAUAGGAUUGCAGCAUAUUGUUGGUUAUUUCUAGCGCACUCUUCAUAAUGCAUAGGAAUGUGAUCUAUUACCUGGUAGCUUCAAAUUCACCCCCAAAUCAGGUUGGAAGAGAAAACAUGUGUCUAGUCCAUUUUCUCAUUGUUCUUCUCUACUCAUGUUAGAGGUACAGGCUUUAGUCCCUUCUAAGCUGCUACAGAACGUUGCAAUACAUUAUGAAAUGCAACAAUCAGACAGACAUGAAGAGAUGGGUAUAUGGAACUGCAGCUGGAGCUCAUGACUUUCAGGGCCAUUGCUGCAAAAUGCUCAGCUCCGUCGCAGUGAAAGAGCCAAUGCCUGGUAAGUAAUGAUCAAGUUGACUCGGAGCUAUCUCAUGUAAAUCAUUUCAUUCUACACGCAACGUUAAGUUGAAGACUCUGCCUCAUAUCGGUUUGACGUA